GGAGGCGGCGGCUCGCUGGCAGGAGGCGGAAAGCGCGGUGUGGCCAUGGCCGCCCGUUAAUGGGGCUGGGGAGCUCGUGCGGGGUCGGUGCUCGGAGGCGUGGCGGGACGAAGACGACGAUGCUGCCCGGGGAGGCCGAUCGGUUGCUGCUGAGCCCGCGCAGGCCAGGCACGGAGCCGCGGCAGCUGCUGUAGGCGCCGCCAGGAGGGGGAAGAAGAAGGGCACAAGCAAGCAGGAGAAGCAGCCAGCAGCCCCCAUCCCCCGGCUGGGGCCGAGACGCAUCGCAUCCGGCCAGUCUGUGGCACAUUCACUGAAAAGAAGCAGAAUGGCUGCAAAGGAGAAAUUGGAAGCAGUGUUAAAUGUGGCCUUGCGGGUCCCAAGCAUCAUGCUUUUGGAUGUCUUGUACCGAUGGGAUGUCAGUUCCUUCUUCCAGCAGAUCCAAAGAAGUAGCCUCAACAACAAUCCCCUCUUCCAGUACAAGUACUUGGCUCUUAACAUGCAUUAUGUGGGUUACAUCAUAAGUGUUGUACUCCUAACCUUACCCAGACAACACCUGGUUCAACUCUACCUAUAUUUUCUAACUGCACUGUUGCUAUAUGCUGGGCAUCAGAUCUCCAGGGAUUACGUGAGGAGUGAGUUGGAAUCUGGCUAUGAAGGGCCAAUGUACUUAGAACCUCUUUCCAUGAAUCGUUUUAUGACAGCCUUAAUAGGUCAGCUAGUGGUGUGCACCCUUUGCUCCUGCGUCAUGAAAACCAAACAGAUCUGGCUGUUCUCUGCUCACAUGCUCCCUCUGCUGGCACGGCUUUGCCUUGUCCCUCUGGAAACUAUUGUUAUCAUCAACAAAUUUGCUAUGAUUUUUACUGGCUUGGAAGUUCUCUAUUUUUUGGCAUCUAAUCUUCUGGUACCAUAUAAUCUUGCAAAAUCUGCCUAUAGAGAACUUGUACAGGUAGUCGAAGUGUAUGGCCUUCUGGCCUUGGGAAUGUCUCUCUGGAACCAGCUCGUGGUCCCCGUUCUCUUCAUGGUCUUCUGGCUUGUAUUGUUUGCUCUUCAGAUCUACUCCUACUUCAGCACACGGGAUCAGCCUGCCUCCAGGGAGAGGCUUCUCUUUCUCUUUCUAACAAGUAUUGCAGAAUGCUGUAGCACUCCCUAUUCUCUCCUGGGCUUGGUGUUUACAGUCUCCUUUGUUGCUCUGGGGGUUCUAACCCUCUGCAAGUUUUACCUGCAAGGCUACCGAGCAUUCAUGAAUGACCCUGCAAUGAAUAGAGGGAUGACAGAAGGAGUCACACUUUUGAUCCUGGCCGUGCAGACUGGCUUGAUAGAGCUGCAAGUUGUCCACCGGGCCUUCCUGCUCAGUAUUAUCCUCUUCAUUGUGGUUGCGUCCAUCCUGCAGUCAAUGCUGGAGAUCGCUGAUCCCAUUGUUUUAGCUUUGGGAGCUUCAAGGGACAAGAGCCUCUGGAAGCAUUUUCGUGCUGUUAGUCUGUGCUUGUUCUUGCUGGUCUUUCCAGCUUACAUGGCCUACAUGAUCUGUCAGUUUUUCCAUAUGGAUUUCUGGUUGCUGAUCAUUAUUUCUAGCAGCAUACUCACCUCCCUUCAGGUACUUGGAACACUUUUCAUUUACGUUUUGUUUAUGGUUGAGGAGUUCAGGAAAGAGCCAGUAGAAAACAUGGAUGAUGUCAUUUAUUACGUGAACGGCACCUAUCGAUUACUAGAGUUCCUCGUAGCACUCUGCGUCGUGGCAUAUGGUGUGUCAGAGACUAUCUUUGGAGAGUGGACUGUGAUGGGUUCGAUGAUCAUCUUCAUUCACUCCUAUUACAAUGUGUGGCUUCGUGCUCAGUUAGGGUGGAAAAGCUUUCUUCUCCGCAGAGAUGCUGUGAAUAAGAUUAAAUCACUUCCUACUGCUACCAAAGAUCAGUUGGAACAACAUAAUGAUAUCUGUGCCAUCUGCUAUCAGGACAUGAAAUCUGCAGUCAUCACUCCUUGUGGCCACUUCUUCCAUGCAGGCUGCCUUAAGAAAUGGCUGUAUGUGCAAGAGACCUGCCCCCUGUGCCACUGCCAACUUAAAAACUCAACUCAACUCCCAGGGCUUGGAUCAGAGCUGGUGCCACAGCCAAAUCCUGGAGCAGAACAAAAUACUGUUCAGCAAGAGGCAACAGAAACUCCUGGUGUAGAACACCAGAAAAGGGCAUCUGUUGACAAUGGACAGGCUGUCAAAGGUUUGGGUAUCCUGCAGGACUCUUCGGACACUACGGAUGAGUCUGUCAUUCCAGAUGAUGCCUCUGCAUGUGAAGUCAGCCUGGCAGAAAGUGCCAUGGAAGAACUGGCUAAAGAACAGGAAGAGAUGUUAACACGAGGCCUUGGGGGUUGUAUCCAGAACUGAACAAGCAGAGAAUAGUGCAAGGAACACUCCAGGGUCCUUUGACUGAGCAGACAGAAUCCUACUCUUCGUUGUCUUGGAGAAGUUUAACUCUCAGUAUGCUGGCCAAAAUGUAUCUAUACUAUCCCAUGCUGAUUUCUGUGAGCUGCUUGGUUUACAGGGCUGCCAGUGCAAUCCACUGGGAACUAUUUUAGAAGCUGCCAUGUUGCAAAAAAGGGGGGCAGAAACUGAGAAAUCACAAUUGAGUAUUGUCAGAAGGGAAAGUUGUAAGAAAAAUAAGAAUGAGUGGGGUGGGGUGGGGUGGGAAUGAAGAGAGCCAGGUUAGUUGGUGGCGGGGAGAGACAGUGUUGCUUAAGUGGAGAAGGAAGAAUCAAAUAGAAGGAUGAGAAAGAUGUGUUUGGAUCUCUGGGCUUUGGUCUCUCUGCAGUGGUGAGAGCUCCGCCAAAAUCAUUGGCAAAGAUUCUGUAGAGCACUGAAGGAGUCUCAACAUUGAUUGUGUUGGGAAUGGUGCUUCAGGCAUGUUGGUUUAGGGCAGCUGCAUUUGCAUUUGUGUAAUCUAUUGCAACUCUUGACUUUUUACCACAGAGUUGUCAACACUUAAAUGUUUUUGUGAAUGAACAUUCUGGGCAGCAUGGGCUGUGUGAAGUAAACUAAAGCUCCAGUGAACUCUCUUGACUACCAACAGAAUGGAGGAGAGAUGUGGGAGGAGCUUUAGGAUGCUGAUUGAAGCCUCUAAGUGCUGUUCAGUUUGGUCUAGUGUCUAACUUCUUGCAGCUGAAUUGAAGCAGUAUUAAUCUCCUGGCAAUAUUUGCACCUUUUGGGAAUGAGUACAUAAUCUGUAUGAUCAAAUGCCGCAAAUGCCACUCCUAAAGCUGUUAAUAGGAUUUGCACCUUCCCCCCCUCUUUUCUUUGACAUAUUUUUUCUCCUCUUUUCCCCUCUUUUCUUUGACAUAUAUGUGUAUUUAAAUUUUUACAUUCAUCAUGGCUUUCAGGUAGAAAUAGGGAUUGGGGGAGGGAUGGGAGCUGGUGAAUUUUUUAUGUGAAUUUUGAUAUGAAAAGGAACUAGUCACUUAUUUAUACACUAGGCUUGGCUCAAACAAAGUGUGUUUUUUGUUUUCUUCAAAAGUUGUUGUUCCUAAUGUGAAAUGUGACAUUAUUUUAUUUUUUAGUAGUGAACUUGGAUGUAGACUAACAGACAUAACUGAAUGUCUCAAUAAAAUACAUUUGAAGAUUUUUUA